UCAUAGCCUCUGAUCUGUCAUCCAAGAUGUCAGCACCCUGGGAGUUCACACACCGGGGUUAACCCAAAGCAAUUUAAUAAGGGCUUUUUCAAUUUUGCUGUAUUUUCUUGAACUGUUAAAACAAUUCGCAAGUGGUCCGCCAUGUGCCAGUUUUGUCGUAUUUUGCUUUGAGACGUAGUUAUUACGCUGCUAGCUAACAAGCCAGCUAGUUAAAGUAAACAUGUCUUUUUCUCUGGUGAAACAGUUCAGUGUAAUACCCUUACUGAGACGCGUUUUAGAGUUUAAAAUGUGCAGAAGGAAAACUCUGAACUGUAACGUGAGCUACACAGUAUUUAGACACUGUAGGAUGAGAAGUCUGCCUGUGUUAACCAGCAGCAGUUUGAGGAGGAUGAGCACACACCCCGACAAGGAUCCAGUUGACAUGUCCAAGUUCCCUGUGGACAGAAUCCGGAAUUUCUGCAUUAUUGCUCAUAUCGAUCAUGGAAAAAGCACUUUGGCAGACCGGCUGUUGGAAAUGACAGGUGCCAUAGCAAAGACCGAGAAGAACAAGCAGGUUCUGGACAAGCUUCAAGUUGAGCGAGAGAGAGGGAUCACCGUAAAGGCCCAGACAGCCUCUCUGUUUUACAGCCAUGAGGGACAGCAGUACCUCCUGAAUCUCAUUGACACACCAGGUCAUGUUGACUUCAGUUAUGAAGUGUCUCGGUCACUUUCUGCAUGUCAGGGUGUCCUGUUGAUUGUUGAUGCCAAUCAGGGCAUUCAGGCGCAAACUGUGGCCAACUUCUACCUGGCUUUUGAAGCUCAGCUGACCAUAAUACCUGUGAUUAAUAAGAUUGAUUUGAAAAAUGCCGAUCCAGAGCGAGUAGAGUCCCAAAUUGAAAAGGUGUUGGACAUCCCAAGUGAAGAGUGCAUCAGGAUUUCAGCUAAACUUGGAACAAACGUUGAGAAGGUUCUCCAAGCGGUUGUGGAAAGAAUCCCACCGCCCACCGGAAGCACCGAUGACCCAUUUAAAGCUUUAGUGUUUGACUCCAACUUUGACCACUACAGAGGAGUGGUGGCCAACAUUGCUCUCCUUGGAGGUCAAGUCAAAAAAGGGGACAGGAUUGUGUCGGCACAUCUCUGCAAAACAUACGAGGUCAACGAGCUGGGUCUUUUGCGGCCAGAUGAGCACCCGACACAGAAGCUCUUUGCAGGCCAAGUGGGAUAUAUCGUCGCAGGCAUGAAGGACGUUAAGGAAGCCCAGAUUGGUGACACGCUCUACCUGCAGGAGCAUCCUGUGGAGGCUCUGCCUGGGUUUAAACCUGCUAAAGCCAUGGUCUUCGCUGGCAUGUACCCAAUGGACCAGUCAGAAUACCCCGCCCUUCGCAGCGCCAUUGAGAGGCUGACUCUGAAUGACUCAAGUGUCACAGUGCAGAGAGACAGCAGUCUGGCCCUGGGAGCAGGCUGGAGACUUGGCUUCCUGGGUCUUCUCCAUAUGGAGGUGUUCAAUCAGAGACUUGAGCAGGAGUACAAUGCCUCUGUCAUAGUAACUGCUCCCACUGUGCCCUACAAGGCGGUCCUCUCCUCAGCCAAACUCAUCAAGGAACAUGGCAGUGAGGAGAUAACCAUUGUGAAUCCAGCUCAGUUCCCAGACAGAUCGCUGGUGUCGGAAUAUUUGGAGCCCAUGGUGCUGGGGACCAUCCUCUCACCAGACAUUUACACCGGCAAGAUUAUGAGUCUCUGCUUGAAUCGCAGGGCGGUCCAGAAGAACUUGGUGUACAUAGAUGACCAGCGUGUCAUGAUGAAGUAUCUCUUUCCUCUAAAUGAAAUCGUUGUGGAUUUCUACGACCUCCUUAAAUCCCUCUCGUCUGGAUAUGCCAGCUUCGAUUAUGAGAACACGGGCUACCAGGCUGCUGAUCUGAUAAAGAUGGAUUUUCUUCUGAAUGGACAGCCAGUGGAAGAACUCACCACAAUUGUACACAGGGACCGUGCAUACAGUUCUGGGAAGGCCAUGUGUGAGCGGCUGAAGGACUCCAUUCCUAGGCAGAUGUUUGAGAUUGCCAUCCAGGCAGCCAUUGGAAGUAAGGUCAUCGCAAGAGAAACAAUAAAGGCGUAUAGAAAAAAUGUUCUUGCAAAAUGUUAUGGAGGUGACAUAACACGGAAGAUGAAGCUACUGAAGAAACAGGCAGAGGGUAAAAAGAAGAUGAGGCGCAUCGGCAAUGUGGAAGUUCCCAAAGACGCCUUCAUUAAUGUACUGAAGAGGAAAGAAAAAUAGUGAUACUAUGUGUGCUUUAUUACUACAUAUAUUAUAUAUGGAGCCAGUCAUUGCUACAUUUUCUUUGAAUAAAGCUCCAACUGUGAUGCUGAUGUGUCAUUACUUCUCUUCUCAUAUUUAAAAUGUUGGCAGUUCUAACAAAAAUAAAAAAUAUUGGAAAAAAAACAUGAAUUAAACCCAGCUGUAUUCAGUAGAUCAACUUAUGUGAUUAUUUUAUAUUGCGGACUGCAUGUAUGGAUUCGUGAACAUAAAGUACUUAAUAAGACACAUCAUAGUUCGAAAACAACACAAAAGAUUAGAUGUUCUUGCAAACUAUAUUCAUAACAAGGUUUUCAAAGACAAUGAGCAGAAGGUGAGGGAGGAAAGGGAAGUACAUACCAGGAAUCUGUAAUUAUUGUCCUGCUUUAACAGCAAUUUUCCAGUCUGUGAUCAAUAAAGUACGUCUGAAUUUAA